AUGGCUAAAUACAUCGCUCAGAUCAUAGUCCUUGGCGCCCAAGUGGUGGGUCGAGCAUUCGCCCGGGCCUUGAAACAAGAAAUAGCUGCUUCUCAAGAGGCAGCAAAAAGAGCUGGUGGAGGGCCUGAAGGGACCAGGAGAGCUGCAGCGAACGCAUCUACAGGCCUCACUAUAGAGGAGGCUAUGCAAAUUUUAAAUAUUGAUAAAUUAGAUCCUGAGAAAAUUAAAAACAAUUAUGAACACCUGUUUGCCGCGAACGAUAAAUCCAAAGGAGGAUCAUUUUAUUUGCAGUCUAAAAUUGUUAGAGCGAAGGAAAGAAUAGAUGUUGAAUUUAAACAAGAUAAAAAUCCAACACAGGACGCACCAGGUCGACCUAAGGAUACAUCAUGA